AAUCCUUUAGCCAAUCAAAUUCGUUUUUACAUCACGUGGAAUACCGAGGAAGGGAAAACACGGCCUGUGAUCUAGUACACACAGCUUCGAGUCCUAUCCUGCUGACGUGUAGACGGAGCGAGGCGAUAUUGUCUUCAGAACCAUCAAACCUGUAUAUUUGUGUCCUUGGGUGAAGUUGACUAGAGUGAUUGGAUCCAAACCAUACAGAGCUCCAUUUGUCCUGCUGGGCUGACCAGCGCUCACAGCACUGACCAAACAAAACACAUCUUGUCACUAUAAUUCAUGGCACAGCUACAGAAUUUAAGAAGUGAAAAUAGAUAAAAACAUACCAAGGAUGGCGGAGGAAGACCACCCAGAUGGAAUAGCUCUUUCCCGGCAUUCAGAGGGUCAGUAUGGGGUCCCUCUCAUGGAGCUCCGGGAGAUGAUGGAGCACAGAGGAAGUGAAGGCUACAACCUCAUACAAACAAAGUACAACGGUGUCACCGAGUUGUGUCGCCUUUUAUACACCUCUCCCAUAGAAGGACUUCCUGGUUCACCGGCUGACCUAGCAGACCGGCGGAAAGUAUUCGGUUCCAAUGUGAUACCUCCUAAGCCUGCUAAAACCUUCCUCCAACUUGUGUGGGAAGCUAUUCAAGAUGUGACAUUAAUUAUUCUUUUAGUAGCUGCAUUAAUUUCUCUAGGAUUAUCUUUUUAUAGGCCUCCAAAAAAAGAAGGUGGAGAUGAUUCUGAAUCGGAAGCUGGAUGGAUAGAAGGGGUGGCCAUUUUAGUAGCAGUAAUUGUUGUAGUUCUUGUGACUGCUUUUAAUGACUGGAGAAAGGAAAAACAAUUCCGAGGACUUCAGAGUAAAAUAGAACAUGAUCAUCAGUUCUCUGUAAUUCGUGGCGGACAGGAUAUCAACAUUCCCGUCGGGGAAAUCGUUGUAGGGGAUAUAUGCCAAAUCAAAUAUGGUGAUUUGUUACCUGCUGAUGGAGUUAUUAUCCAAAGUAAUGAUCUAAAAAUAGAUGAAAGCUCACUAACAGGAGAAUCUGACCAUGUGAAAAAGGGGGAGGUCAGAGAUCCCAUGCUUCUCUCAGGUACCCAUGUCAUGGAAGGCAGCGGUAAAAUGGUGGUCACUGCAGUAGGUGUCAACUCGCAAACGGGCAUCAUAUUUGCUCUGCUGGGGGCGUCACAGGACGAGGACGAAAAGAAAGACAAGAAAGACAAAUCGAAAGUGAAAGGAGACAAUGCAGGCACCCGCCCUAACACUGCAGGCCAGAAUGUUCCAUUGCUUACUAGCGAUGCUGACACCAAAGUUGAUAUCGACCAGAUAAACCCUACAGUUCCUACAGGAAACUCCCACAAUGCAGUGAAUGCAAAUUCCACUACCAAGGUAUCCAAUGGGAAGGAUGCCGAGGAGCUAGAUCAGAAGGAGAAGGCCAUGAAGUCCCAGGAGAACACUAGUCGUAAGGAGAAGUCCGUCCUACAGGCGAAGCUCACUCGCCUUGCCAUCCAGAUAGGUUACGGAGGUACUGCUAUCGCUGUCGUGACAGUACUCGUGCUCAUCAUCAAAUUUUGUAUCACCGAGUUCGUCACCAACCAACACGAGUGGACGAGCGACAAGACUGCUGAAUACAUAGAGCAGUUUGUCAGUUACUUCAUUAUCGGUGUAACAGUCCUUGUUGUUGCUGUACCCGAAGGUCUACCCCUCGCCGUCACACUGGCUCUUGCUUACUCUGUCAGGAAAAUGAUGCACGACAAUAACUUGGUGCGACAUCUGGACGCCUGUGAAACCAUGGGCAAUGCUACAGCCAUUUGUUCUGAUAAAACCGGCACGCUCACUACUAACAGAAUGACCGUCGUCCAGAGCUUCAUUGGAGGUAUCCACUAUAAACAAAUUCCAAACUAUGCCACCCUGGCGGACUCUUUCAAAGAUGUUAUGGUCCCUGGAAUCUCCAUCAACAGUGGCUACACGUCGCGCAUUAUACCGUCCAAGGACGGUGGCCUGCCUGACCAGAUCGGUAACAAAACGGAGUGUGCCUUGCUGGGUUUUGUUCUGGACAUGAAGCAGAGUUAUGAAGAUGUCAGGAAUGAUAUGCCAGAAGGUUCCCUCACUAAAGUCUAUACAUUCAACUCUGUCCGUAAAUCCAUGAGUACAAUCAUACCAAGACCUGGCGGACCAGGAUUCAGACUGUUCACAAAGGGAGCAUCAGAAAUUGUAUUAAAGAAAUGUGAUUACAUCCUCGACUGUAAUGGCGUCCCACGCGAGUUUUCCGUGGAGGAGCAGGAGAGACUUGUCAGCAAUGUCAUCGAGCCAAUGGCCUGUGACGGACUGCGGACAAUCUGUAUGGCUUAUAAAGACUUUGUCAUGGGAGGAGAGGCAGCUGAACAUGAAGUAGCAAUAGAGAAGGACCCAGACUGGGAGAACGAGGAUGAAAUCGUGUCUGGGCUUACCUGUAUACUGAUUGUGGGCAUUGAGGACCCCGUCCGGCCAGAGGUACCAAUGGCUAUCAAGAAAUGUCAGCGGUCUGGUAUCACAGUGAGAAUGGUGACAGGUGACAACGUCAAUACUGCUCGGUCCAUAGCCACAAAGUGUGGUAUCCUGAAACCUGGGGAGGAAUUCCUCGUCAUGGAGGGCAGGGAGUUCAACAAGCGUAUCAGGGACCAUAAUGGCGAGGUGAGUCAGGAGCUACUGGACAAGGUGUGGCCGAAAUUGAGGGUGCUUGCCCGGUCAUCUCCACAGGACAAAUACGUCCUCGUCAAAGGCAUCAUCGACAGUAAGAUCUCGUCAAACAGAGAAGUGGUGGCAGUCACGGGUGAUGGCACCAAUGACGGUCCCGCUCUCAAAAAGGCUGAUGUUGGCUUCGCUAUGGGCUUGUCGGGUACAGAUGUAGCGAAGGAAGCAUCGGACAUCAUUCUGACAGACGACAACUUCACAAGUAUCGUCAAGGCUGUGAUGUGGGGCAGAAACGUAUACGACAGCAUUGCUAAGUUCCUCCAAUUCCAGCUCACUGUCAAUGUUGUCGCUGUCCUUGUGGCAUUUUUCGGUGCCUGUAUCAUCAAUGACAGUCCACUGAAGGCCAUCCAGAUGUUGUGGGUUAACCUUAUCAUGGACACGCUGGCAUCCCUUGCUCUCGCCACUGAGCUGCCCAGCGAGGAACUGCUCAACAGACGUCCCUACGGUCGCACAAAAGCCCUUAUCUCCAGAACCAUGACAAAAAAUAUCAUUGGUCACGCGAUCUACCAGCUAAUAGUUAUCUUUACUAUUCUGUUUGCAGGAGCUGAUUUAUUUGGUAUCGACGAUGGUCGGGGAGGGUCACUUCACGCACCCCCCACCCAGCAUUUCACAUUGAUUUUCAACACAUUUGUAAUGAUGACUCUUUGUAAUGAAAUAAAUGCUCGAAAAAUUCAUGGGCAGCGUAACAUUAUAGAGGGUUUAAGACGGAACCCAGUAUUCAUUGGUAUCUGGAUUGGAACUUUCGUUUCUCAGAUAAUUAUAACUCAGUUUGGAGGAUAUGCAUUUAAAACCAAAGGUCUUUCUAUAGACCAAUGGCUGUGGUGUGUGUUCUUGGGAGUCGGUGUUCUACUAUGGGGGCAGAUAAUCACCACAGUUCCAACUCAUAAGCUGCCCAAACACCUGUUCAGCUGGGGCUCCCAUCCCCCAGUUCCGGACCGCCACGAUUUGUCGGAUGGUCCUGAAAGCAAUGCUCAGGAAAUGGACGUGGGUGGACGUCGCGGCCAGAUCCUCUGGGUCCGUGGACUCACUCGACUACAACAGCAGAUUCGUGUUGUCAAUGCUUUCCGCAUGGGCUUAGAUGCACGCUAUGACAGUCAUAGUAUGUCGUCCAUUCACAGUUUCCACUCUUUGCAAACAAAGGGGAUUCGUAAACCUGUAUCCCACCCUUCCUCCCCAGACGUGGACGGAGGCCAAUCAGAAUCGCAGUUGUGAUCAUGUUCCGAUUUACGUUUAAACUUUCUGUAUAUUGUAUAGUAUUAUUUUGUUACAUCAAGAGGAAGCUCCUCUUGAUUUUACAUGUCAGCACUUAUAUACUUCUCAACACUAAUGUUUUGAAAAAAAACAAGACAAAAGAGUAUGUGAUCACUACCGCCUCCUGCACCAUACUUUGUGUCCCACCAACGACUAUGACUGGUAACAGCACCAAAACCGGUCCAUUUGCAUCCAUAUCCAUGUCUGUUACUAUAGCAACCUUUUUUUAUUUUCUAUGUAUUUUUUCGUAUAUGUGCUUUGUUCGUUAUUAUGGUCAAGUGGUUAUUGUAUAUUAAUCAUGUUAAUCAUGUUCAAGUUCUGGAAGAUUUAUCUGGAAGAUUUAUCUGGAAAUAACACUUCAAUUCCAAUAUUUCAGAUAAAAGGUGUUUUUUCUUGUUUUUCCCCCCGUUUUUAUGUCGUUUAAAUGCUGAGAACAUGUAAGAUACAGACUUGGAAAAUAAUCUAUUUUACUGUCAGUUGACCUGCAGUUGUGUUUUUUAAAACUUAACCCUAAUGUCUGCCCAGUUUAUUUUGUACCAUUGUCAAACCUGCUAUAGAUAUCUUUUUCUUUGUCUGGGGAAAUAUACGUACUUUAUUUCAGCACAUCCUACAAACCGUGCUAGGGUCUAUACCACCCAAACUCCCUAUAAAAGUUCCCUCAUUCAUGUUAUGUGAACCGUCUUUCUCCAAACGUAAAUUUUCUUUAUCAGUUCCAUGAGUCCAUGUUCAAAAUUAUCAUCACAUAGCUGUUUUUGUAUCCACAAAAUAUAUAUAAAAUAAAAAAGGUAUGAACAAAACAAUUUGCUGAUGUUUUGUUUAAACCUUCAGUGUAAUGCUGUGUAAAUGAUUUCCUAUUUGUUAAUCGGCUAUAUGUGUAUAACAUGUGCAUUGCAUUUACUCCUAAAAUUAUCAAUAGCCAUUAUUAUUAAUUAAUAUGGCUUUGUAUAUAAUGUACAGCAAGAUCACAAACGACAGUUAUCUCCCUUACAGAACCAUGUAGUGUAGACCUUCAUUUGUCUGGGAUCAUGUAACUAUAUGGAGACUGACAUCGUAUCAUUUCCCUCAGGUUUGCUUUAACUGCUUGAAGGUGUCGACUUGCAAUGUUGUCCAUGUUGUUUUUUUAUUCAGUUCGAUGUACAUAUCUUUGAAAAAAAGUCAUUUUAGUUUUCUAUACUUGCGUUAAAUACUUUUUAUAUUAAUAUAAUAUUAUUAACUAUCUCAAACGUUUUGAGAGUGUAAUAAGAAGUGCAUAUAUUCCUAAAGCUAAUUUUAUAUUUUUGAAUAUUAAAACCAAAGAUUGUGUAGGCCCAAACCAUAGCUGGAGCGUCAUUAGACCGUUUGUCAAGGUAUGGUGGGUUAGGGGCAUUAGAGGGGAUAGCUAAUACAUGUCAAUGGGUAGGGGGAGAUGGCUAUAUCGAAAUUAAAGGAUGGUAGCGAGAGUGAUGAAUUUUGAACAAAUUACUUUGUAGAUAUGUUGGCUCUGUUUUGUUCAGUCAUUAUUUAUGCAAUAAUUUUGGUAGUUAUUGUAUGUUAUUGUAUUUCCAUAUCAUUUUACCAAGUUUUCUGUUUUGAUACAAAGAUGACAAAAGAUGGAGUGUAACACAUGAGGAGUCUUCUUGACAUUUGUUGGAAGGGAUAUGAAAAGGGAUUUCAUUUAGACAGCUACGUGGAAAUACACCUGCCUGUUUUAACUUAGCUCUCCCAUGGAAUAAAUUUGUUGAAUUAUCAGUUGUAGUAUUUCUCAUACUAGGUCAGUGUUUGGACGAGUGUUUUGAAAUCUAUUUGGUAGGAUCCCUGAAAUUGAUGAAGUUAUCAGGACUAUUAUAUAGGGUAGGGAUCGGUUAUUUCUAUUACAUAUCUGGCUCAAAAGGAUUCGGUAAGUUAUCUUUGACUUGCUUUUUGUAGAACGAACAAUUUCUCUGGUAUUUGAAUUAUAGGUAUUGAUUUGACAAUUCUUUUGGUAGUAUAUAAUAAUAGAUGUUGACAUUGUUAAAUUGUUGGUAGUGUGAAUGUUGAAAUAUUUAUUAUAAUGAGCUGGUAGUUAAUUGAUUAAUGGUCAGGAAGAAAUUUCCAUCUUUAAAUUCUAUUUUCUUCAAAAGUUUCAAACGAAUGAUUCUGUGUCAACUGUGAGUAGGGUUCCUACCUCUAUGAAUUAUCUCUCUUUCGAAACAUUUUGAAAUGAUGUUUGUUCCCUUUUCCAAAGGCGUCCUUCAUCCUGCUUGGUUACAGUGAAAUUUAAAACUAUAUAUAUCUGACAAUCUAUUUCUUAUUGGAAACAUUUAGAAGAAAAAUAUGAAUAUUAAAGUUUGGAAUUCUCCAUGAGAAUGUGUCUAUUGGGUCCAGGUUAGUCACAGUAAAUGCUAUGAUUUAUCUUUGCUUAUAUAUUCAUGAAAAUCUCGUUCAAGUUAAUUUUCUUAAUGCCCCGGGGACUAUAUUACAGCAAAAUUGUGUGAUCGAAAUUCUGCACUUAUACUUUUGUAUCGGACCUUAAAAAUUGUUUUAUAAUUUAUUUUGAUUAGUUUACUCUUUAAGUUAAUUUUUUAAAGUAAGUACUGUUAUUAUUUUUUAGCUGUCAGAUUAUUUAAACAACCAUAUCGACUACAAAGACUGGCUCAUAAAUAAAUGAUAGAUACUGUUACGAUUUUUACAAUUCUCUAUCAGUUAGAAAGAUCACCAUGAUAAUUAGAAAGUUUGAAAGAUUAGGGGAAGCUAUAAGACUGAUGUGCGCACGAUUAAUGAUAGCAAUAAAGCAGUAUUUACUGUUGUGUAUAUGGAUAGCAUGGUGUUGACUCUACAACAUUUGUAAAUAGCUUUUUGUUUGGUUCCAGUACUCCAUUGUCUUAAUGAAAGAAUAUCUUCUGUAAUUAACGGGUAUCGAGUAAAGAGAUUUUACCAGCAAUUACCAGAGUAAGAGAUUUUAUAUUCAAUUACCAGGUUGAGAGAUUUUUACCUAUAAUUACAAGGGUUAAAGAUUAAUUUUCAGAUUUUGGUUAACAGAUUUUACCUAUAAUUGUCAGAUUUUACUGGAGAUUUAUAAAAUAAAAUAAAAAUACCUGUAAUUACCUAAAACGUUAAGUGAAUUCACCUGUAAUUGUCCGAGUACAAUAUCUUACCUGUAAUUAUCGAAGUAAAGGUAAUUAACAUUAAAAUUUUGAUUAAAAGAGCUAAUUUACAGUGUACAAGAGGUCUAUCUAUAAUUACACAUUUUAAAAGACUGGAGUUAAAAACAUCUGUUGUGAGAAACAACCGUAGUUUACAGGUGUAGGAGGAGACAUAUAGUGAUCAUUUGUAAGAAAUCUAGAGCACAAAUUUUGUAUGAAUGAAUUUUUACAGUUUUUUAUGACAAUAUUGGCUGUAUGUGUUUUCAUCAUUGUUGACAUGGUAAUUGUUUCCUGGCAAUGGUGUCCAUGGGAACCAUUGACCUUGACAGAUUGACCUAGUUUUUCAUACCUCUAUAUUUAUAUAGUAUGGAGUUCCUUCUCCAAAGUUUGGUAGUGUUUGUAUAUGUGUGUUUAUGUAUAUAUAUAUAUAUGCUAAAACAGGGGAGGUAAGUGUGUGUGUGUAUGUAAGAAUCGUGAAUAGUGAUAUAUUUGUUCUAUAUUUAUUUGUAAAAAAGCAUAAUGAAAUGUUGAUAACCUAAAUAUGUACAUAUUUUGAAUUUCUAUGAAUAUAUUUGAAUAUUUUAGUUAAUAGGUAAUAUCCCCUACAGGUCUAAGUUGAUAGUAGAAAAUUAGAAUAUUUGGUUUUGACUGUUAUCACAAUUUUUGUAUGACAUUAACAUCAGGUACACAAAAUAUAGUAAUUAAUAGUAUUUAGAUGAACAUAGACUUAUUUGUUUGACAGUAGUAAUUUAGAAAAAUGUACAAUGUUUCGAUAUUUAGUUAAUUUUUGUCCAUUGACAUAAGAUUGCCACUUUUUAUUCAUUUUCUUUACAUCAUGAUUUCCAAAUGUCAUAGGAAUUCAGAAAUUAAAUGAAAUAGUCCUAAAUAUAACUAUAUACCAGUAUGAACAAUUCGCCUCAGUUUAAAUGUUCACAUAAUUCAGUGAUAAAUUUCGUAACCCUCAACAGACUGAAGAUACUGCCUAUAUCCCUAGUAUUAGCCAUUUGCCUCGAUGUUCUCAGUGGUUUUCGCUUGUCCAUAAAGUGUGGGUGCUACAACAGAAAAAAAUGAAAAUAUAUUUAACAGUUAAUAUGAGGGAACAAACAGGGCCGGGUAUAUUUUCUAAUCUGAGCUUUUGAUAAAGUGAUUUCUUUGAAUGAAAGUGAAAUAUAUGGUGCGGGAAAGAACAGUUUUGUCAUUAGGCUAAUUAAUGUGUUGUUUACAGCCAGGUGAAUGCCAUAGGUCAAUUGUAUUAUGAAUUGUAUGGUUUUUUUAUUAUUCUGACUUUUUUAACACUUAUAUUGGACGGAAUGUGGGUGAUACUUUGCCAAUUAUACCAACUUAUUUGUAUAGUACUUAAGUUAGUUGAUUUUAGAUUUGUAAUCUUUAUCAUGACAAGAUAUGGUUUGUAGAGUAACUAUAGGAACAUGUUUUGGCAUUAUUGAAACUAACAUUGAUACUAGUUACAGAUAUAAUUACCUGGAGUAAAUUAACCCCUUAUAUGUCAGAUAGUCUUAAAUUCAAAAAAACAAAUGUGUAUAUUUUCGGACUCUUAAAACUUUUAUUAUCAAAAUGUUCAUUAUCUCAUGCAUUUGCAUGAAGUGCUGGAGACCAAACAAAUCGUCUUCUCCAAUAUUGAUUAUUACCAAUUUUUUCAAUUUUAUUGUAUGUAGUCUAAAUAUAACCCUGAGAAAUUUCUAGAUGAAGUUAUAUUGUCAAAAGGAUUUUUUUUUUUUUUUUCCCUUAUGUUUAUCUCUUUCAUUUGACAUUGAAAGGAAUGAUGACGUUAUCAUAGCAUAAAAAAGAAGAGAAAGAGGAAGAUCUAUACACAUGUUUUACUGAAUUUGAUGUAAUAGUUAGCUGCCACCUCCCUACCUAAAUUGUGUGUACAUAUAUGUCAGUAAUGUGUGGGUCCUGUUUUGAGUACAAAUUUGAUGAUAUUACAUAGCUUGUACUGUAUAUGACAGAGUGAAGAUACCGACACACUUAAUGGGCUUUUAAUCUGAAAUAAAAUCUUAUGUCAACAAAAAAUU